AGCUUGGGUAUGGGUUGUGAUGCGUCUGUUGCCGAUGGCUUGGGUGGUGUUCUGUUUGGUCGACGUCUGGGGCACUCGUGCGGAGGGGCCGAGCUUCUAUUCCUUCAUGACUGUGACAAGAAAUACUUUAUUCCUUCCUGCUCUUGACAGCCCUUUCCGUCCGGUGGGCGCGGAGAAAGCGACCUCCCCGUGGCCUGAUCUCGGCGUUGAUGCAUACCAGCAGGUCCAUGACACAGAUGCAUGUCUAUUCCCGAGCCGCGAUCGGGCUGCUGCUACUUCUCUGCAAUCUGCACGUCAAUAACGGCCGACACGACGUCCCUCGGAGAUUCCAGAAGUACUA